AUGAACAACACGAACGGAACGGCCCCCGCGCCUCUAGAUCCGGCAUGGGCCGCUGAGAGCAACACCGCGCGUAUCAUCGCCGUCGUGACUGUCUUUCAUUUUCUGGCGCAGAUGAGCCUUGCGCUACGAAUAUACGCCAGAAUAUGGGUCAUUAAAGCACCUGGGUGGGACGAUGCGGUCAUGCUCUGUGCCUGGGGAGGAUGGGUCUCAUUCGUGAUUCAGGCGUAUUACGGUCUUGGCAAACAUUUCUUGACCAUCGACAAGAAGUAUGACUAUGUCGUGUUCAGUCACAUUGCUUUUUGGCAGUCCCUCAUCUCCGCCACCGGUGCCCUCAUGUUUCUCAAGGUUUCCAUCGCUCUCGGUCUCUUGCGUUUGAGUAAGACUAGGUGGUACAAGUGGGCAUUGUGGUCAACAAUUGCUUUUGUCUUCUUCUACUCCAUUGGCGGCAUGUUUCCGUUUUUCCUUCAUUGCAAACCCAUGUCGGGAUUUUGGGACAGGAACACGACGCCGCCUCCAAAGUGUAAGGAUGGCAACAACAUUAACCUCUUUGGUAUUAUCAACACAGGCUUCAACAUCUUCACCGACGUAGUUCUAGCCACCUUGCCUGUGCCAAUCAUAUGGAAUUUGCAGAUGAAGCGCAGACUGCGUUUCUACGCAAUUGGAAUCUUAAGCUUAGGUUACUUUGCUGUCGCAAUGGGAAUAGUCAAGGCAGUCUACCAGCUGGCUAAUGAUAGCGAGCCUGACAAAACGUUCAACAGAAGCAUUCAGUUCUGGGGCUUCCUACAGCUGCAGGUCGGUAUCAUAACAGCGUGUGCACCAGCCUUAAAACCUCUCGUCAACAAGUUACUCAACCUAUCAGCAUACAACCAGCAAAUACCUGACCUAUACGGCAAGCAGUCAAAACAAACUGGCUCUGGACCAAGGACGCUCGAGUAUAACACUUUUCGCAGCCGUAGUGACAGAACGACGAGAAGCGACCAGUACGAGCUCGACGAAUGGGCUCUGGAUCCACGGUGCGGCUCUCAACAGGGCGGGAGCAGACUACACACAGGGCAAACUCCAGCAGGGACAGGCAUCAUGCUCACCGACGAUGGUCGAAGUGAAGCUAUGCGAAUAGAGAAAGAGACCGCGAUCCAAGUCCGGUCAAGCAACUUGCAAGGGAUCAUCAAGACUACGGAGUUUGCUAGAAGAUCGGAACACAUUGCGUAG